AUGGAAGUGAAAAUCGAUGGCCGGCAGUUGCAUCGUCUUCGUUUUCCUGAUGACAUCGUCCUUAUAACACCAAACUUUAGCAAAGCGAAACGUAUGCUUAGCGACUUUGAUAAAGCCUGUGGAAAGAUUGGUCUUCGACUAAAUCUCACAAAAACGAUGUUCAUGAAGAACGGAUUGGUUUCGUAUACCAUAUUCACGCUCAACGGAACGAAUAUCUCCGAAUGCUCCAGUUAUAUCUAUUUAGUUCGAGAAAUCAAUAUGAUGAACGACCUACCUCCAGAUCUGAGCAAAAGGAAACAAGCAGCUUGGCGAGCUUUCAGGAGCAUCGAGUAUGUAGUGGAGAGAACAAAGAACAGCCGACUCCGUGUCUACCUUUUCGACCCAACGGUACCUCCUGCCCAAAGUUAUGCGUCAGAAACCUGGCCGCUGCGUAAGCAGGAUGAAAGGUCACUCAGCGUUAUCGAACGCGCAGUCGAAAGGACGAUGCUAGGAAUAUCCCGUUUCACACAACUAAGGGAUGGGAUCCGAAGCUCCGACCGGCAUCAACGCUCAGAAAUCAAAUAUACCGUUAUGUACGCCAAACAGUCGAAGAUAAGGUGA